GUUUUUGUUUCCUGUUUGGGGUUCGCCUGUUUUUCGUUCAUCGUUUUGCUUUCGGUUUUCAGAAUAAUCAAAAAUUAUUUUACAUUUUCAAGUGGUUAUUCGUGAUGGACUGUUCGUUGUUCUGAUUUUUGAAUUAAAACCUGUUGUUAGUGUCUCCCCGAGAAUAGGCGAAACAAAAACGUCGAAAGAAAAUCCGAGGAAAACCUGAGUCCUUGUUUGUCUAUAGGAUAGAUUGUGCAUUUUCUUUUCAGGUUGAGAGUUGUCUUUGCUAAUUGAGAAUGAGCGAGAGUGAGGGAGUAUUAGAAAGCUCUUAUGUUCCAUAUGAUUCCCCGUUUCAAUAUGCGGAAUACAACUUUGAACACACUGCUUUAGAGCUAGCAAGGUCUCAGUGGCCAAACUAUGAUGACCAACACUAUCUCCGAGGGUGCAAGUGGUCUCCCGAUGGUACUUGCCUACUUACAGUAGUACGAGGAGCAGGUAUGCAUGUUAUGGAACUUCCUAGUGAUUUGUAUUCUGGUGACUGUGUGCAGACUAGUAGACCUAUAGUGCCUUUGAUGCCUGCUGUUAGUGUUCCUGAAGGGGGACUCAUAUAUGAUUAUUGCUGGUACCCUGGAAUGAAUAGUGGAAACCCUGCUACUUGUUGUUGGCUUUCAAGUGGACAUGGGGGCCCAAUUCAUCUCUGGGAUGCCUUUUCUGGAGACCUACGGUGCACCUACAGGGGUUACAAUAACCAAGAUGAAGUAGAAGCUGCUAUGACUGUAUGUUUUUCAGCAGAUGGUCAAAAUCUGUUUUGUGGUUACAAGAAGAAUGUAAAAAUUUUUAGUACUGGUAGACCAGGAAGGGAAUAUGUUGAAUUUCCCUGUUCUCAUCAAGUUUCAUGUUUGGUUGCUAGUCAAGCACAACCUGGUGUUGUAGCUAUAGGUACAUAUAAAAACACAAUUGAACUAGUCUCUCAAAGUGAUGGCUCCUUUAGACAUCUCUGCAAACUCAAUGGUCACAAGGGUGGCAUAACUACUAUGGCAUUCUCAUUAGAUGGUUUUCGCCUCUACAGUGGUGCUAGAAAAGACAAAGAUAUAAUCUGCUGGGAUCUACGUGUGCCUGGUAGACCAAUGUUCUGUGUACCAAGAGAAGUAAAUACUAAUCAGAAAAUAAAUAUUGAUUUGUCUCUGGAUGGAAAGUGGUUGGUCUCUGGUGGUACUGAUGGUAAAGUACAGGUUUGGAAUGUAUCUGAACAAACUUACCCAUCAGUACAUAUGCAGAUGGGUCUGCACAGCGAUUGUUGCAAUGGGGUGAGUCUGCACCCAUCUAGGCCCAUCCUGGCCACCGCUUCGGGGCAGCACCACUCGAUGGAUCCGCUGCACCACACGAGGAAUUCCAUGCAGUACGAAAACGCUUUGAGCAUGUGGUGGGUAGGGCCUCAACAGGAGGACCCCGAUCUCUUGUCGGCCAUUAUCAAAGCUGCCACUCAUUCGUGAUAGGAGAAGUCAUGGUUUACUGUUGAGUUGAUUUUCGAUUUUGUAUUCUGAUUUUCCAAUUGUAUUUUCGACAUGAUUACUAGUAAAGUUUUCUUUUUUAAUAA